CGUUUGUAAACACGCGUCGUCUUGUCCUGCUGGGAGCCUUCCUCCCGAGUCCUUUCGCAGAGGAACCGCGCGAGCCAGAGCCUCCGCGAUGGCCAACCGGACCGUGAAGGAUGCCCACUCCAUCCAUGGCACAAAUCCGCAAUACUUAGUGGAGAAAAUUAUUCGAACUCGCAUAUACGAUUCCCGGUACUGGAAGGAAGAAUGUUUCGCCUUGACAGCGGAGCUCUUAGUAGACAAAGCAAUGGCCUUGAGGAGCAUUGGUGGAGUGUAUGGCGGAAAUAUUAAACCCACGCCCUUCUUGUGCCUCGUGUUGAAGAUGCUCCAGAUUCAGCCAGAAAAGGAUAUUAUAAUUGAAUUUAUUAAACAAGAUGAAUUCAAAUAUGUGCGUGCACUAGGAGCCUUUUAUUUACGGAUAGUAUAUGGGUCUUUAGAUUGCUACAAGUACUUGGAGCCUUUGCUUAACGACUACAGGAAGCUUCGUCUGAUGGAUCGCUCUGGCCAGUAUCAGCUCUCUCACAUGGACGAAUUCAUUGACAGUUUACUGAGAGAAGAACGUAUUUGUGACGUGAUUUUACCCAGAAUGCAGAAAAGAUGGGUUCAUGAAGCCAACAAUGAACUAGAAGGAAGAGUUUCAUUAUUAGAUGAUGACUUGGAUGACUUAGAAAGCGAGAGCGACGAUGAAGAGCCUCUGACACCCCCACCACGUCCCGCAAGAGACAUGAUCGAACCUUCCCGGACUGCUCCCAGAGAUGAGAGGCAUGGGAGAGGUCACUCUCCUCUACGCCGGUCUCCUGGCAGAGACACAAGAAAUGAACGAGAAAGGGAAAAAAGACACCGCAGUAGGAGCCGGUCACGUGACAGAGACCGUGGCAUGGAGCGCGAUAGAGGAAUGGAAAGGGAUCAUGGGAUGGAAAGAAAUAGAGGAGCAGACAGGGACAGAGGCAUAGAUAGAGACAGGGGUUCAGAUAGGGACAGAGGGAUGGAUAGAGACAGAUUAAUGGACAGAGAUAGAGGCAUGGACAGGGAUCGAGGGAUGGACAGAGAUCGGGGCAUGGAUAGGGAACGGAUGAUGGAUCGAGAUAGAGGUAUGGAUAGAGACAGAGGUAUGGAUCGGGAUCGAGGCAUGGACAGAGAUAGGCAAAUGGAGAGAGAGAGGAAACGUCAUCGCAGUCGCUCUAGAGAAAGACGCCACCGAUCACGAUCAAGAUCUCCAGGUCACCACACACACCAUCGUGAGCGUAUGCGAGGAGAGAAGGAUAGAGACCAUCGUCAUGGAGAUCGUGACAAGGACAGAGGAGACAGAGAUCAUGGAAGAGAGCGAAAUCGGGACCGGGACAGGGAUCGCGAUCGCAGUGACCGUAAAGAGAAGCACCACCGCAGUGGACGCAGCAAGAGGGACAAUGUUUCUGGAAUGAGUCGAGAAGACCUAGAAAUUGCUGAAGCCAAUGCUCUAAGAGCACAGUUGGGGUUGCCGCCAUUGCGCCCGUAGAUAUUUGUAGUUCUGUAAUUCUCCUUUUUAUAGUUAUUAUUAUGAAUGAUUGUUUUGGGCUGAUUGAUGUUCCUCUUCAUUCAUAAUGUUUUUGAGACCUAAUUCUUUACGAAGAGAUUGUUCAGAAUAUUUUAAGGUAUUAAGAAUAAUAUGAUUAGAAAAAUCAAGUAUUAUUUUAUGUUAAACCUUUUUUCUUCUUCAUUUUUUUUCUCUUUUUUUAUUGCGAAAGCAGAAUUGAUUGGUUGAAAUUGGCCCGUGUCAUUUUUUUAAAUAAAAAAGUAGAUGUAUGUGUACAUAGAUAUACAAAAUUUGAUAAUAUCUCA